GGGGAUGACGGUCUGGGGAAGUGGUGGUUGUGUUGGUUUUUUUUGUUGUUGUUGUUGAUUUUUUAUUUUUUUUAUUAUGGAGGAUAUAGAGGUAUAAAAGCCAAAGCAGGGGGAGGAGAUAGUGAGUCUCACGAUGAAACACGUUUGCAGAAAGGUUGAAGAAGGCAGACGAGAGCGACACACACACUGCAGCAUGUUUUGUUUUCUGGUGCUGACCUGUGUGUUGUGCAAAGGACAAGCUGCAGGACAGAGAGAUGGUGAAAUUAUAAAUCAAAUUAAAAUGUCGAACCUCGCCCUGUCAGAGAUAAAAGAGCUUCUGAAACAAAUGAUUCAAGAGAUGGUUUUCCUCAAGAAUACGGUGAUAGAGUGUGAUGCCUGCGGGACGGGAAGGGGGAUGGCUCGCCAUUCCUGCAUGCCCAACCCCUGCUACCCUGGUGUAAGGUGUAUAGAGACGCCUCGUGGUCCAAGUUGUGGCCCCUGUCCGGAAGGCAUGGAGGGUAAUGGCACCCACUGCAAUGACGUGGAUGAGUGUUCUGUGAUACCGUGCCACAGGGGUGUGCGGUGCAUCAAUACUUUGCCGGGGUUCCACUGUGGUCCGUGUCCGUCGGGAUACAGCGGACCUCAGGUACACGGCGUCAGCAUCGCUUACGCCACUGCCAACAAGCAGGUGUGCAAGGACAUUGACGAAUGUGACAUCCGCACAAAUGGCGGCUGUGUUGAGAAUUCCAUCUGUCUGAAUACUCCAGGAUCCUUCAGAUGUGGCCCUUGUAAAAGGGGUUACGUGGGUGACCAGCGACAGGGUUGCAGGCCCGAGAGAGCGUGUGGCAACGGCCAGCCGAGCCCUUGUCACGCCAGCGCAGAGUGCGCCAUCCAUCGAGAUGGAAAGAUUGAAUGUCAAUGUGGAGUUGGAUGGGCUGGCAAUGGUUUCCUGUGUGGACCUGACAUCGAUAUUGAUGGUUUCCCAGAUGAGAAGUUGGACUGUGCUGAGAGGAACUGUGCCAAGGACAAUUGUCUCACAGUGCCCAACUCUGGUCAAGAGGAUGCUGAUCGUGAUGGAAUUGGAGAUGCCUGUGAUGAAGAUGCAGAUGGUGAUGGGAUUCCCAACACACAGGACAACUGCGUGCUUGUUCCCAACGUGGAUCAAAGGAACAUCGACGAGGAUGACUUUGGCGAUGCUUGCGACAACUGCCGUGCUGUCAAAAACAAUGACCAAAAGGACACCGAUGUGGACAAAUUUGGGGAUGAAUGUGAUGAAGAUAUCGAUGGGGACGGAAUCCCUAAUUACUUGGAUAACUGCAAAAGAGUUCCCAAUGCUGACCAGAUAGAUCGCGAUAGAGACAACGUUGGCGACGCCUGUGAUAGCUGUCCGUACGUUCCCAACCCAGACCAGUCUGAUGCGGAUAACGACCUAAUCGGAGACCCUUGCGACACUAACAAAGACAGUGAUGGCGACGGUCACCAAGACUCCCGAGACAACUGCCCAGCUGUCAUCAACAGCUCCCAGCUAGAUACCGACAAAGACGGCAAAGGAGAUGAGUGUGAUGAUGACGAUGAUGACGAUGGCAUUCCGGACCUACUGCCACCGGGCCCUGAUAACUGCCGUUUAAUCCCGAACCCCCUGCAGGAGGAUUCUGAUGGCAAUGGCAUUGGCAAUGUGUGUGAGAGAGAUUUCGACAACGACACCAUCAUUGACACCAUCGACGUUUGUCCAGAAAACGCCGAGGUCACACUCACUGACUUCAGGGAGUAUCAGACUGUGGUUUUAGAUCCAGAGGGUGAUGCUCAGAUUGACCCCAACUGGGUGGUGCUGGAUCAGGGCAGAGAGAUUGUCCAGACAAUGAAUAGUGAUCCUGGGUUGGCCGUUGGUUACACUGCUUUUAGUGGUGUCGAUUUUGAAGGGACAUUUCAUGUCAACACGGUGACAGACGACGACUAUGCAGGAUUUAUUUUUGGGUAUCAGGACAGCUCCAGUUUCUAUGUGGUGAUGUGGAAGCAGGUGGAGCAGAUCUACUGGCAGGCCAACCCAUUCAGAGCUGUGGCAGAACCGGGGAUCCAACUGAAGGCUGUCAAGUCCAACACGGGCCCUGGUGAGAACCUGAGGAAUGCCCUGUGGCACACCGGCGACACGAGCGAUCAGGUGAAGCUGCUGUGGAAAGAUGCUCGCAAUGUUGGCUGGAAGGACAAGACGUCUUAUCGCUGGUUCCUCCAGCACCGACCCGCUGAUGGAUACAUCAGGGUUCGCUUCUAUGAGGGUCCUCAGUUGGUAGCAGACACAGGUGUCAUUAUAGACGCCACCAUGAGGGGAGGUCGACUUGGAGUUUUCUGCUUCUCCCAGGAGAACAUCAUCUGGGCCAACCUGCGUUAUCGCUGCAAUGACACGUUACCAGAAGACUUCGACACCUAUCGUGCGCAGCAUGUUCAGCUGGUGGCCUGAAGGAAAUGACCCACGAGCCCUUCAAAGAGUGCCAAUAAUAUUCAUUCCGAUCUCAGACUGGUUUACACUCAUCAGAAGAUUCCCAGCAGAUGAAAACACAAAUGGAAAUUCGACAAAAUAUGUAUGUUUUUAGCUUGUUUUGGUUUACAAUUUUAACAAACUGCCACAUCAGAAUGAAAUUGUUUCUUUGUUAAAUGAUGCAUGGAGUCUGCAAGUAACCGUUGAUAAAAUUACAUUUGAAGUUGCUGCAAUUUUCAAAAUUAAUGUAUUAACUGUUAAGUUUGGCAGUUACUUGGUAAAACACUCCAGUUAUGGUCCCACAUUUCUGCACAUCCAUCAAAGGAAUGUCCUCUUUUUUUUUUUUAAGUUGAGUGCUUUAACAUACACACACUGUACUGCCCCCCCCAUCCCCCCAUUCACAUUUGAUAAAAUG